UAAUGCUCUCAGAUGUGGUUUAAUUAUAAACACCUUGCCUGGCAAAUAUAUUUUGUAAAGAUCUCCCUGAAUGUCAGAAACUAAAGUAGUAUAUAUUCUGACGAAGUUCAAUUUGUCAUGUUUCACACACUAAUUGUCUACCCAUGCAAGCAACCACAUAAUAUUUGCCACCAGUAAUUGUAAUAUUAGAAACUCCUUUAACUCGAUAAACGAAUUAUCCAUCACCAGGACGUGUUCGCGGUUUUGCAGAAAGCAAGCAGGUGCUUUGUAUAUGACUGUUUUGGUUUGGUAUCCUUGGUAGUCUUCAUGGAUGCAUUUAAACGCAGGUGCAUGUCUGAGAGCUUAGUUAGAUCUGACGCGCAACUUAAGUUGCCUAACGUUAGCUAUAAAACGUUUGCAGGCAUUCGUAGGGUUUGGAAGUCUUAACCAUUAGAAGACUUCUCGCCUCAUAAAACCCAAUCAACAUUGAAACUAUAGUCUAUUGAAAAGAUCGAUGUUGUGGUGGAACUGUAUUCCUCGACCCAAAACGCGUGGUUUUGGCAAGAGUCAAAUUCUUGUAAUUUCACUUCUGUUCGUAUUUCUGCCUCAAAGCGAAUCUUUGGAUUUCUGUUUCGAUGCCAACAAAGAAGGCUUCCGACUCAACCGCACAAUUCUGAAGAGAACAAACGCUCCAAGCAAAAUUCAGUGCAUACUGUCGUGUGUGAAAGAGCAGUGUUGCAGAUCUGUGAAUUACUGGAAAAGAUUGCAACGUGAACAGGAAUGUCGCUGUGAAAUGCUACACGACGUGAUCGGCAAUAAGACAGCAGAGACAGAGUUGGAAAAGAAUUCAUCUUACGACUAUGUUUAUUUAACUGCACCAUUGAAGGGAUAUAAUAGCAGCUGUGCCAACGAAGAAGACUUUGAUCUGAGUUUUGAAAGCGUUCAAAAGUUUACUUUGCUGGACAACGAUGUGCCAGAGAUGUCUGAUAUGACAUUCAUGUUUUGGAUCAACACAUUGAACGCUGACAAAAUGACAGUUUUAUCCUAUGCUGUGAACGGUACCGAAGAAUUUGCAUUCUCAGUUGAAAGGGAAAAGAUGUACCUCAAAGUUCAACGAGUGGAAAAGUAUUUCUUUGUCCCGCCAAUCAAUGACGGCUAUUGGCAUCACGUGGGAGCAUCGUGGUCUCAGUUUGGAAACUACACUAUUUUCCUUGACGGUACAUUGGUCUACAGCGGAGAUGACCUUGGCUCGAAUGUAACAUUGAAAUCUGGAGGUGCUUUUGUCGUAGGUCAGGAACAGGGAAGUUCGGCAGACGGGAAUUCAGAGAGUUCAUUCUCAGGCAAACUAAGCCAGUUAAAUGUAUGGAGUAGAUUUAUGUCUGCCGAUGCUGCCGAAAGGAAAUUAAAAAACCAAAGUUGUUUGAAUAAAGAAGCACUUGGAAAUGUCUUUACCUGGAGUUCUCUUAAGGACAAUUGUAACAGCAUGGUCGUCAUGGAACAACCAAGCUCGUGUAAACCACUUCGAAAAAACUCAAAGUAUGACAUUGUCAUAAAACCAUCACAAAACAAUCGGUCCGUCCAUAACAUAACAUAUGAAGAAGAACUCCAUGGUUUCACAAUCACAGCGUGGGUAAAAUAUGAGAAGAACGCGUCGCUGAAACUGAACGCAGAACUUCAGAAAUUUCUUGACUACAAAAAUGAUUCAGGGACCAGCUUGCUCUCAUUUUAUCUUACGGCUGAAAGUCUCGCGUUGGAAAUAGAUGGCGGUGAAAAAAGGCAAGUCGCUACGAGAAAUUAUAUCACUUCAUGAGAUUUUUUUAGAUUUUAGUUCCAAUGAGCAAACUUGCUUUACUUAUGCAUACUGAAAGGAAGCCGAUUGCCCUAACGAAAGGUUGCCGUUUUCCUAAUGUAAAUUCUAACAUUGAUUUACUCAGUCGUAUAGCUACUCGUAGUGAUUCAUUACAAGGUAAUUUAAAAACUGACGAAAAAGCAAUCCAGCUUUUACUGUAGACGUUUUUAUACGUAGCUAUAAAUGUUUACAACCUCUAGAGAAGCAAGGAUUCCAUGGUUUUGGAAUGAAUCUCCAGCAUACUGGCACCAUAUUGCUACCACAUGGUCGAGUGAUACAGGACACUGGAAGAUAUAUCUGGAUGGUUCAUUGGUCUCCAUUUUGCAUGAUGUAGCUACAAAUAUUACCAUUCCUGCAGGAAGA